CGCGAUCGAUUGCUUUUUCUCUGCUGUGUGGCAGGCUGUUGCAGUCGAUUCGUAGCUAUGAUCCGUAUCCGAUUUCGGAUUUCCUGGUAUGCUUAGGGAUUGGGAAAGAAUUAUAUAAAUACAAUUUAGGUUUUGGUUUCUGAUUCUAAAUUUAGAUUUCGUAUGCUUUUGGGCAUUUCGAGAACUGUAUAACUGAGGUAAUAUGAGUCAGUAAACUUCCACGGUACGGGGAGGCAAAAACAAAGCGCUGUUUUUAGGGAAACGGCUAGGUUAGCCAGCUAGCUAGCCUGCACUGUUGGACAUGUCAGCAUCGGCCGGUGUGUCUCCGUCAGCCCAGGGUACGGCCCUGGUCAGUCCAGGCUCGGGGAUGUCCAUGUUUCGAUGGCUUGAGGUUCUGGAGAAGGAGUUUGACAAGGCGUUCGUUGACGUCGAUUUACUACUUGGAGAAAUCGACCCAGAUCAAGCUGAUAUCACAUACGAGGGUCGUCAAAAGAUGACCAGUCUCAGCUCCUGUUUUGCUCAGCUUUGCCACAAAGCCCAGACGAUUUUUCAACUUAAUCACAAAUUAGAGGCUCAGCUGGUGGACCUGCGCUCGGAGCUGACUGACGUGCAGGCGGAGAAGGAGGUGGUGGAGAGGGAGGUCCACGACCAGCUUCUCCAGCUCCACGCGAUGCAGCUGAAGCUUCACGCCAAGGCCGGACAGACUGUAGACAGCGACUCAAUCAAAGACCGGAUGCCUAUUCCUUCAGUGGAGGAGAUGGAGAAGGAGCUGCAGGCCAACAAGAAGGAGAAAGUGAAGGAGGUGAAACUGGAGGCCGAGGUCAAGCUGCAUAAGAAGGAGAACGAGGCCCUCCGAAGGCACAUCGCUGUGCUGCAGGCGGAGGUCUACGGGGCCAGAUUGGCAGCGAAGUACCUGGACAAAGAGCUGGCUGGAAGAGUACAGCAGAUCCAGUUGCUGGGUCGGGACAUGAAGGGGCCUGCUCACGACAAACUGUGGAAUCAGCUGGAGGCUGAGAUCCACCUCCACCGUCACAAGACGGUCAUCCGAGCCUGCAGGGGGCGCAAUGAUCCCAAGAAACCCCUACCAUCUCCUGCGGGGCAUGAAACUGAUUUACUGAAGAAGACCCAAGGCGUUGGUCCUAUUCGUAAAGUAGUGCUGGCCAAAGAAGAUCACGAGGGACUUGGCAUUUCAAUCACGGGGGGUAAGGAACAUGGUGUGCCCAUCCUGAUCUCAGAGAUCCACCCCACCCAGCCUGCGGAGCGCUGUGGAGGGCUCCAUGUGGGAGACGCCAUCUUGGCCGUCAACAGCAUCAACCUGAGGGACGCCAAACACAAGGAGGCUGUUACCAUCCUCUCCCAGCAGAGGGGAGAGAUCGAGUUCGAGGUGGUGUACGUGGCCCCGGAAGUGGACUCCGACGACGAGAACGUGGAGUACGAGGACGACAGCGGCCACCCCUACCGCCUCUAUCUGGAUGAGCUGGGGGAGGGGCCGGCCGCCUGCAGGAACAACGGCUCCGCGGAGGCGGCAUCGCUACAAGUCCUGGGAAAGAUGUCUGUGAGUGACGGGCCAGAGAAUGGAGACACCGGGGUCUCCAGCGAGACACCAUCCGAGGAGACGCCUUCUAAGACUGCCGAGUCUGCAGAGAGCUCCUCAUAGAGGGCUGGGAGGAGCGCGAGGGUUGACGCAGAGGAAGAGGAGGUGAAAGACUGGACCGGUUCACCGUCCACCGGAGGACGUGUGAUUGAACAGAAUGGCUCAAGGGGGGGGGGAAUGUUUAAAAACGUUGUGUAGGUGGUGAGAAGUCAUUGAGAACCACAGAUUGACAGGGUUUGGGUUGAUGUUUUGGAGAUGAUUACUAGAUGGAUGUGUCCCUCCGUCAAAUGCUCUCUAUGGUUACUGAUCCUUUCUGCCCUCACACUGAAUACACUUCUGAACUGUGACACCUACCUGCUGGUCAUGAAUACUGUUCUACUAGGCUAACGAGGACCCUCUCCCUUCAGAAAUGUUGGCUUUUAUUUGUCUUCCACAUGUAGCUUGUGUCGAUGGGUUUCUUUUCAAUGUAGUGUUCAUCUAUCACUGAUUAUGACAACGAUGUUAAUUCCCACUGUUAAACCGAACCGUACCAGGAAGACAACCCCUACAUGACAUUAAUUAGCACUGCCAAUGGCGUGGCCGUACCCAUAACAGGAAGCAGGCAGGCAGGAGGAUGGCUUGGAGGACAGAGUGGGAGCGCCUGAUUGGACGGCCACUGCACCUUUUUUUUCUUCUCUCGCAUACAGUACGUGUUGUUGCUCUGUCGCCACAAAUGAAACGUGCAAUAUCUAUUUAUUUCCCCCUUUUAACACAACUAGAACGUCUUAACUGCCUUUGUACAUACCAGGUCUUGCUUUUGUAUCUCCGUUUGGUCCAUUGCCAGUUGGUUUUCUCCACCCUUCUCUAAUGCUGAUGUGUUGUCUUGUUGUAUCGGUGAUGGUCAAACUGUUGUCAGACUCUUUAGUGCCCAAAGAUGACUGACUGCAGUAUAGCGUAUGCAUUGAUUUGAUAAGAGCAGUCAUAGGAUCACCUUUCUGAUGGCUGGCCGGGGAGUUUUCCUGCUUUACUAUUUUAACACAACCAAAACACGUAUUUGUUCUUGCAAACAUAUUAUACAGAGGUUAAUAGCAAUAAAACAAGGUUUUUAUGCACUGAAGGUCCAUAAAAUAAAAUCUGACAAGUUUAAGACUUAGAAUGAAAUAUGUAUAUACAAUAUUAAUGUAUUAGCUGUUUAAAAACAUCAAAUCAGAGCAUAUUGGAACUAAUAUCUCUGCUGUUCCUAUUACAACAAACCCAUGGAUGACUGGGGUCCUCACUAGCUGAGGCUAUUCUACAGUUAAGUUACACUUUAAACCGACUCAAACGCUCAGCAUGAAGGACGUGUCCGAGCCGAGGAUGGUUUAAUGUCGGGAAAGGACAGGCAUAGUGGCGCUUGCGAGGCAUCGCUGUGCCGUCUUCCCCACACUGAACACUCAUGUCAUAUGUUCACAAUGUUAUUUUCGCUUGAUCCAAGUCAUUUUUCCUAAAGGAACAAAGGCUCACUUUUGUACAGUUUUUAUCCAACCUUGUGUUCUUAAUUUUUUUUUUUGUCCCAAGUUUUUCUUCCCUGAAACCUUAGACUAUUUGGGAUAGCUGUCUUCUAGCUGUAGUUAAUGUAUAACAUGAAUCCUUUGAAUAAAUGUACAUUUCUUUG